GGGGUUCGCGCACCAGCUUAAAAAAGACUCCCUCUCCCGCUGCUGCUUCAAAAGCUCCAAGCUCUCUCAGCUUUCCUCUUUCGUUCGGUUCAAGCAACCGCGAAAUAGCCCCAAGACUCGGUGCAGAUUCGAAAAGUUUUAAGCUUUCUCGAGAGAGAUUCGAUCGCUUCUUCCUGCGGGAGGCGGUAAUUGACUGCGCGCGACGGACGUAGAGCAGCUACUGUAUCUGGUUUGUAACGGGAAGUGAUUUCUUGCUUUCUCUUUGUGAGAGUGAAAAAUCCACAUGGGGUCACUUCCAGAACCAGGCCCUGAUUGCAAUCGUACCAAGCCGCUCGGGAUUCGUUUUUUAGAACACAUAAAGAAGGGUAGUCUUCCCUUUCGAAGUCACCAAGCCAUCGUCUUGGUUGUUACGUUUCUUGCCUACACAAGCUACCAUGCCGCUCGGAAAACUACCAGUGUUGUGAAAAGCGCCCUCGAUCCCAAGUCACCUGAUGUGGGAUUGAAACUUGUUCCAUGGAAGGCCAGUUACUUCUUUAACCCACCUGCAAGCACGACAUUAUCAUCGGCCCUUGGAAAUGGUUGGGCUCCGUUUAACGGAUCUGAUGGCACUACAUUGCUUGGUCAACUUGAUGUUGCUUUUCUCCUAGUGUAUGCUAUUGGAAUGUACUUCUCAGGGCACUUGGGCGAUCGAAUGAAUUUGAGAAUAUUCCUAGCAGUCGGAAUGAUCGGAACCGGUUUGUUCACAUCGCUAUUCGGUGCAGGAUACUGGGCUAAUAUUCAUAGCUUUUAUUUCUUCCUAAUCAUGCAAGUGCUUGCUGGUCUGUUCCAGUCAACAGGGUGGCCUUCGGUUGUUGCUGUGGUUGGUAACUGGUUUGGCAAGAGCAAGAGAGGGCUGAUCAUGGGCAUAUGGAAUGCUCACACUUCUCUUGGCAACAUUUUGGGUUCUUUGAUCGCUUCUGCUUUGUUAACCUAUGGCUGGGGCUGGUCAUUUGUUGUGCCUGGUCUUUUGAUUGCAUUUAUCGGUUUGGUCGUUUUCUUGUUUCUGCCAGUCAGUCCUGAAUCUGUUGGAGCUGAGAGAGACACAGACGAGUUUUAUUCGCCUAGGAAAAAUGGCGAGAGCGUGAAGGAACCUCUGUUGAGAGCAGAGUCAGAUGACGAGGAAAAAGCUGUAGGGUUCAUGGAAGCAUGGAGGAUUCCAGGAGUGGCGCCUUUUGCAUUUUGCCUCUUAUUCGCCAAAUUGGUUGCUUACACAUUCCUCUAUUGGCUUCCUUUCUACAUUAGCCAUACAGCUAUAGAUGGCAAGUAUUUAUCCAGUGGGGCUGCUGGAAAUCUGUCUACAUUGUUCGACAUUGGAGGGAUCGUGGGCGGAAUUCUAGCAGGCCACAUUUCUGAUCACCUCAAUGCCAGGGCAAUAACAGCUGCAAGUUUCAUGUACUGUGCCAUCCCUGCUCUCUUCUUCUUUAGAAGCUAUGGUCACCUCUCGUUGACCAUAAACAUGGCUCUCAUGUUCAUCACUGGUAUGUUUGUGAACGGACCCUACGCUCUCAUAACAACAGCGGUCUCGGCCGACUUGGGAACCCACAGCUCUUUAAAAGGGAACUCAAGGGCGCUGGCGACCGUUACCGCCAUCAUAGAUGGGACAGGCUCUGUUGGAGCUGCAAUUGGACCUCUGUUGACAGGUUAUAUAUCCGCUAAGAGCUGGAGUGCUGUUUUCACAAUGCUGAUGUCUGCAGCUUUGGUCGCGGGGUUGUUCCUCACAAAACUCGUCGUGGCUGAAGUCACUGCAAAGCUCGAACAUUCGAGGCACAAGGAGAGACUUCAUCAAGAUCUCCCUUGACAUCACUUGGAACACGACAGAAAUUAAGUUUAUGAUGGGAAAUUUUAAUCCCGUGCUUGAUUCUUGCAAAGCGGUCCGGUGCUAUCCUACUUCAUCCAACAAUACAGGAUGAGGGGGAAGCUUCUCUCGUCACUCUUUGGCGGAGACCCUGAAGGGAGAAGUAGUUGGAGUCGAGAAGUGGGUUUGAAGGCCUUCUCCAAGAUUUGGAAGCUGGCAAGAGAUGGAACAACUCGGUUCCAGUUGCUCUGUUUGCUUGCGUGUGACAUAUGUAUCAAUACUAUCUAAGAAUAGGAAGGAGGAAAAUCACCGAUGAAACUUGAUGGACCACA